AGGGUCAGGGGAAGGGCAGGUGUCGAGGAAAGAUGGUGGGACAGGCCUGAGUUUGCUUCUUCCGAGAAGUGUUUCUGUCACUCGAGAAUGUGUACAAGACAGUCUUCUCCCUUUUCUGUGUGUUGUGGUAAAGCGUACGUAGUCGAAGUUUCUAGGAGCACAGUUCAGUGGCAGGAGGCACAUCCCCGCUGUUUGGGACCACGACCGCCGCCCAUCCGCACAGCUCCCCCACGGCCCCAAACGGAAGCUCUGUGCCCACCCCUCCCCUGCCCCUGGGGACCACCGUCUCCUUCUGUCCCCAGGGGCACCCGCACUGUCUUCCCGUGACAGGCGUUAUGUCACUGACCACAGCAUCCUCGAGGUCCAUCCGCGUCCAAGCGCGUGUCGGAAUCUCCUCCCCUUUAAGGUACAGGACUAGUCUGCUGCGUGGACAGACCACAUUCUACCCAUCCGCCGAUAGGCCCAAGAGCUCCUCCCGCCUUUUGGCUGCUGUGAAUAAUGCUGCAGUGAGCGUGGGUGUGGAAAUACAUCCGUGUUUGAUUCCCUGCUUUCGUUUUUGGUUGUGCACCCAGAAGUGGAAUUUCUGCAUCAUAAAGUAACUGUGUUUGAUUUUUUGAGGCAUCACCUGAGUGUUUUCCGUGUGUCUGCGCCCUUUUCUGUUCCUCCUGGCCGUGCACGACGGUACAGUUUCUCCACAUCCUUACCAGUGCCUGUUAUUUUCUGUUUGUUCGUUUGUUUGUUUUUCUAUAACUGUCUGGUGCGCAGUGACAUCUCGUUGUGGUUUGAUUUGCAUUUUUCCUGAUGAUGGGUGCUGUUUUCGUGUGCUUAUUGGUCAUUUCUGUAUCUUCUUUGGAGAAAUGUCUACCCAAGUCUUUGGACCAUUUCUUAAUUGGAUUUUUUGUUGUUUUUUUCGUUGUCGUGUUUCUUUCUCUAUUCUGGAUAUCAGCCCCUCAUCAGAUACGUGACGUGCAAAUAUUUUCUCCCAUUUUGCGGAUUCCAUCUUCAUUCUGUCGAAUGUCUUUUGACGCAUGGGAGCCAGGUUUAGGGGCACACUUGGGAGUUCGCCAGGCAGAGGCACAGCGAGGGUAGAGGCACCGGUGCCGGAGUGGGUGUGCCAUAUGCACAGUGUGAGAACAGCACCUGCAUUAAAAAUGCCCAUUUUCAAGCCCUCUUGGAGGAAGUGUUAGGAAAAGACAAGAAACCUGUGAGAUAUUUAAGGGUUAAAGAGGUGGAUGGAAGACAGAGCUUGGGCAAAGUUUCCAGAUGGCCCACAGAGCACUAGAAGAUGUUACAUGUAAGCUAAGUGUCCCUGCUCCUGCCGACUUCUCUUUACAUGAAAGCGUGAAAAAAUAAAAACUAAAGAUAUGGCAAGCAUAGGUCUUUCAGAAGGCUCUCCAGGGAAAUGGCAUUUUAGGAAUUACUUUACCCUUAAUAAUGCUCCCAGCACGCUCCAGUUGCCAGUACCUGGGGACUGUAGUGAGCCCAAGGACCCAGAAGCACACCGAGCCUUCGGGAGGUCGACGACAGGACCUACAGGAAGUAGGCAUCGACUAUAAGACGACCACUAUCCUGCUGGAUGGACGGCGGGUCAAGCUGGAACUCUGGGACACAUCGGGCCAGGGCAGGUUCUGCACCAUCUUCAGGUCCUACUCCAGGGGCGCGCAGGGGAUCCUCCUGGUGUAUGACAUCACCAACCGCUGGUCCUUUGACGGCAUCGACCGGUGGAUCAAGGAGAUUGAUGAGCAUGCACCCGGGGUCCCCCGGAUCCUGGUUGGGAACCGGCUACACCUGGCCUUCAAGCGGCAAGUUCCAACAGAGCAGGCACGCGCCUACGCAGAGAAGAAUGGCAUGACUUUCUUCGAGGUCAGCCCUCUGUGCAACUUCAAUGUCAUUGAGUCCUUCACGGAGCUGUCCCGCAUCGUGCUUAUGAGGCACGGCAUGGAGAAGAUCUGGAGGCCCAACCGAGUGUUCAGCCUGCAGGACCUGUGCUGCCGGGCCAUCGUCUCCUGCACCCCGGUGCACCUCAUCGACAAGCUUCCGCUGCCGGUCACCAUCAAGAGCCAUCUCAAGUCCUUCUCGAUGGCCAACGGCAUGAACGCCGUCAUGAUGCACGGGCGCUCCUACUCGCUGGCCAGUGGGGCAGGCGGGGGCAGCAGCAAGGGCAACAGUCUCAAGAGGUCCAAGUCCAUCCGCCCCCCGCAGAGCCCGCCCCAGAACUGCUCAAGGAGCAACUGCAAGAUCUCCUAGCAGGACGGGCCGGGUGCCACCCCGUCCAGUUCGCUCCGGGAGGGCUCACGCUUGGGGAGCAUCUCUGGCCGGGCGCUGGGCCUGGCGCUGUGUGCAGGGAAGGCUUUGACCUCACGGCCUCCUGGGAAGCGUGGGGGCUCGCUGCGCGGGCAGUGGUCUGGGCCAGAGAAGCUCCGCGGGACCGGAGAGAGCUGCGGGGAUCUUGGCGGAACAAGCCCAGGACCCUGCAGUGCCAUGCGGCUGGGAAGCGCCCGGGAGGCAGCUCUGCCCGGCCCGGCCUCAAGGGGGCGGUCCUUGGGGACCCAGGAGGCCUGGCUCCCUUUCUUAUUUAUGUGGAAGAUGUUCACCUUUCUGUACAUUUUUAAAGGACGGGCAGGGAGGCCUUUGGUGCAGCCACACGUGAGCCCCUGUCAGCUGUGGGGUCAAGCUUCGGGACCUUGGGAUAGGGAGGGGAUUUGAGGCAAAGACGAGGAGGAACCCCCAAGACUUCACCCUUUGAGUUCAGACACUUCACGUGGGGUGUGGGCUGUGCAGAGACCAUAGGGGACAGGUGGGAGCUUUGGGCAGGGCCCUAGGCCCCGUGGCUGCCUCCGCCAGCCUGAGUACGGGGCUCCUUGUGCCCCCCCCAAGGGGCUGGGCAGCCCGCAUGGCCCCGGCGGUCUGAAUGGUGCGGCCACACCUUCCUGGGUGACAUCCUGCGCGUCUCAGAUGGGCUCAGAGCUGGGGGCAAUUUCCUAGGUUCCCCAGGGGAAUGUUGGGGCUUCUCGGAGGGGAUAGUGGGAUGCACUCCCCCCGUGUCCCUCCACGUGUGGGGGCAAACAGCCUCCCCCUUGACUCUGCACCUUCCCUUCCGGUCAUAUCUCUGUCUGUUGCUCCAUGAAACCGGCUCAGCAUCUCCCGUGAGAAGACGCCGAGAUCCUCAGGGGGGCUGUCAGGUGCUCUGCGGGUCUGGACAGACCUGCCUGUUUGUCUCCUGGGGCACCUGGCCUCCACUCUUGUCACCUUCCGUCUGCUGGCCUCGGGUGUGACCCCACAGCUGCUCCUGGCCUGGCAUCACCCCUCGGGGUCACACGUCACCAGAACCGUUCUGACCCAGAUUUUCUUAGUGAUGCUGCCUGGAGUGGUGCCGGCAGCAGAGACACCGAGCCUCUCCUGGAGAACUCGCCAGCCAGCCUCCUCCUGCCACCUGGUUGGUGACACGGCCACCGGGUCACACUGGUGCUCAGCUCUACCUCCUACUCACGGCCCCAUCCUGGGCUCUGGGACUCUCCUGUCCUGGGUGUCUGGGAGGCAGGGUGGGGGCCGUGGCCCGGGUGUGCAGGGGCACCCAGGGUCCCCGUGUGAGGCCUGGCCUCAGCAGGGUCAGGCAGAGGAGGCCACACCCAUCCUGUCUUGCCUGUCAGGCCCCUUUCUUCGGACUUUGAACCCCGUCACAUAGACUGUGUUUUGAGGACGUGGACAGUCCUACGUUCACCUUAUCAACACUACUUUUCGCUGCUGACACACCAUUCCUGUGCUCAUUUUGGACAGUUUUUGUUUCUUUGUACAGUAAACCUAAUUCAGCUCUGAUUUUCAGGCUGCGUUUUAUAGAAAUUAAAGCCUCUGGUUUUAACUGGC